GCCUCAACAACUGCGCCAACAUCGCAGGAGACGACCUGAGUGUGGAGGUCCUCGUGGCGGCAGCAGAUCGUUGGGCUCUGGCCACGUCUAUGAAGCCCAGUAACGAGCUCGAGACCUAUCACUGCAAAGUGCAGCGUGUACUGUCCAGCCGCGUGCUACAACACUUUGCGGACCUUCGCAAAUACUUCGGCUCCAUCAGCGACAUCUGGAAGGAGGUGGAUCCACAGCUUUGCAACAACCGGAAGCUCGUGGACGCCCUCGCCGCCUGGGAAGUCGCCUGGGAACUAGGCAACCGCUCCCUCCUCAAGAAGGAUGUUUUGCAAUGCUUCAGCAGCUGCGCUGCGAUGACUCUGGAUGCCCAGCGACUCGCUCCGUCUCUGCCCCGGCUCAUUGACACCCGAGACGCAGAGCUCUUCCUGAUUUUGCCCCGGCUGGUGCUUCUCAACGCCCUGCGAGCUCCGAACCAGUCCGGUCUCCUCCGUGAGCUCCUGCCCCACCAGUUUGCAGAAUGUGCGGAGGCCGAGGGAAAGGAGGAGCACCGCGAGGACGACCGAGCUGCAGGCAAGGAGGCGGAGUUUUCGAGCCGGCUGUCCGAGCUGAAGCAAGGCUUCCAAGAGGUGCAGAAGUCCCUCCUCCGAGCCUCGGAGCGCUCGGACCGGGACUUUCUGACGCGCCGGGUGAUCUCGGGCCCCGGGGCCGAGACGGAGGGCGACGAGCCGCUCCACAACUUCCUGCUGACUCUUGAAGGCCUCAGUGUGGAGCUGCAGCGAUACCGGCCGACAGACUGGAAUCAGACCUGUUCGGCGCUACUAGAGUGCAUCGAGGCCGCCUCUGGACGGGAGGUCGGGCACGCCCCGGCCCUGCGGCUUCCAAGUGACUUGACGGAGGACUCCCAGGAGAAUCAGCCUGACUUUGAACCUUCUGCUUCCCUGAGACGAGCCAUGAGACCUUGGUGUUUUUGA